AUGAGUGAGAAGGAAGCGGCUGGCGUCGUGAAUCCCGUGGAUCAGCAGCAGCCGGCGGUGCCGGAGGUGACGGAUGUCACGCUGGAGGCCGCGCGCAAGCAGAAGAUUCACAACCUGAAGCUGAAGACGUCGUGCCUAUCGAAUGAGGAGUUCAUCCAGGACCUGCACGUGUCGGACUGGAGCGAGACGCAAAAGCAGAAGUUGCUGGCGGCGCACGAGAAGGCGCACGAGCUGCUUGGGGCGUUGGAGGGCGGGACGAAGUGGAACCUGACGGAGGCGUAUGACAUCAAGAAGCUGAUGCGCGUGUGCGGGCUGCAGUUGUCUGUGCGCGAGCUGUACAAGCCGGAGGACAAGCCGCAGUUUAUGGAGGUUGUUGCGCUGAAGAAGACGCUGAACGAGCUGAAGCAGCACCACAACAAGACGCGCACCGUCUCCUUCACCGGCACGAUCGACAACGCGAUUGCGAAGCUGGACAAGAUCGAGGACGAGCUGCGCCGCUCGCAGUUGGACGCGUCGGAGAUGGCGCAGGUGCCGGUGGCUGUGCUGAAGAACCUUGAGGGGUCAAUGAACGUGACCGUUGUGCAGACGGCGCUGCUCGGCAACGAGGAGCAGAUCAAGGCGCAUCUGGCAGCGAUUGACAAGGCGAAGGAGAUUCGCAACGUGGCGAUUGCUGACGGUGAGAUGGCGAUUGCGGAGGAGCAGUACUACAUCAAGGCCCAGCUGCUGGAGCACCUGGUGGAGCUGGUGGCCGACAAGUUCCGCAUCAUUGGGCAGACGGAGGACGAGAACAAGCCGUUUGGCCGCAUUCAGGAUGUACAGAAGAAGUCCUUCCAGGAGACGUCCGCGAUUAAGGACGCCAAGCGGCGCCUGAAGCAGCGCUGCGAGGACGACCUGAAGAACCUGCACGACGCGAUCCAGAAGGCGGACCUGGAGGACGCGGAGGCGAUGAAGCUGUUCGCGACGCAGAAGGAGAAGUCGGAGAAGUUUAUUCAGGAGAACCUUGACAAGCAGGACGAGGCGUGGCGCCGCAUUCAGGAGCUGGAGCGCGUCCUGCAGCGCCUGGGGACAGAGCGCUUCGAGGAGGUGAAGCGCCGCAUCGAGGAGAACGACCGCGAGGAGAAGCGCAAGGUGGAGUACCAGCAGUUCCUUGACGUGUGCGGGCAGCACAAGAAGCUUCUGGAGCUGUCUGUGUACAACUGCGACUUGGCGAUGCGGUGCAUUGGGAUGCUGGAGGAGCUUGUGGCGGAGGGCUGCAGCGCCAUCAAGUCGCGCCACGACAAGACGAACGAGGAGCUUGGGGACCUGCGGCUGCAGGUGCACCAGGAGUACCUGGAGGCGUUCCGUCGCCUGUACAAGACGCUGGGCCAGUUGGUGUACAAGAAGGAGAAGCGCCUGGAGGAGAUUGACCGUAACAUCCGCACGACGCACAUUCAGCUGGAGUUUGCCAUCGAGACGUUUGACCCGAAUGCGAAGAAGCACUCGGAUGCAAAGAAGGAGUUGUACAAGCUCCGCGCGCAGGUUGAGGAGGAGCUGGAGAUGCUGAAGGACAAGAUGGCGCAGUCGUUGGAGAUGUUUGGCCCCACCGAGGACGCGUUGAACCAGGCCGGCAUCGAGUUUGUCCACCCCGCCGAGGAGGUGGAGGACGGCAACUUGACACGCCGCAGCAAGAUGGUCGAGUACCGUGCCCACCUGGCAAAGCAGGAGGAGGUGAAGAUUGCGGCGGAGCGCGAGGAGCUGAAGCGCUCCAAAACGCUGCAGAGCCGGCAGUACCGCGGCAAGACAGUGCAGCAGAUUACGCAGUAA